GAAACUAAAAUCCCAGUCAGAACGAAAUGAUAAAAAGGCCAAAUAGGCUUUUGUUCUUUUUAUAACUAUGAAUAAAAGAGCCGUACUGAUACGCUAUCCCCUUCAUUAAGAUCACUACAAGAUUUCCUCUUCCUUUACCUCUGCAACGUCACACUUAACCCAUUUAGAAUCUCUCUCGUUUUAUUUCUCUUUCUGCUUCCUCACAGCAAACAAACUCAGAUGCAAAGCUUCAAGUCUCUUCCUCACCCUGAAAUGUACUGCCACUCUUCUUUCUUUCUCCGAGAAGAUGGUAGCCGAAGCCAGACGCGUUUUGCGGAUCUUGGAGACCUUGAUCAACCAGCUUCUGCUUUCCAUCACGAUGGUGCUGUUGAUUUAAGCCCAAGCUCCAUGUUCAGUUUAAAAUCGGGCAAUGUCGCUGUUUUGUCCGGUGACUUGCACUACGAUGCUGUCCUGAACACGAGCAUUGGUUCAGUAGAGAUAGCGACGACAGGAACAGGGUGUUUGGACACAGGGCAAUACAUGUACCACAAGGGGGCAGCGAUCGCUUCCUCUUUGGGAAACGGACAUUGUAUUGAGAACUGGGGGGACUCAGGAAUGGCAGAUAACAGCCAACAGACUGACACUUCAACAGAUGUUGAUACUGAUGAUAGAAACCAGCUUCAUGGAGUCCAGCAUUGUACUAUUGCGGUUGUGGAUUCCUUGGAAAAAUCUAAGGCAAAAGCUGGUGAUCAAAAGACUCUUCGAAGGCUGGCUCAGAAUCGUGAGGCUGCAAGGAAGAGUCGACUUAGGAAAAAAGCUUAUGUCCAGCAGCUCGAGAAUAGUCGACACAGGCUUACACAAUUAGAGCAAGAGCUUCAACGAGCUCGGCAGCAGGGAAUUUUUAUUGCAACUGGAUUUUCAGGAGAUCAUGGGUCUGGAAAUGGGGCUGUUACAUUUGACACGGACUAUGCGCGUUGGCUUGAGGAACAUCAACGGUUGAUCAGUGAUCUAAGAUCAGCUGUCAAUUCUCAUAUGAGUGAUAAUGAAUUACACCUCCUUGUUGAUGGUGUAAUGGCACAUUAUGAUGAAAUAUUCCGGCUAAAGAGCAUUGGCACAAAGGCUGAUGUAUUCCACAUGCUUUCAGGCAUGUGGAUGACACCUGCUGAGAGGUGUUUCAUGUGGCUGGGUGGAUUCAGAUCUUCUGAGCUUCUUAAAAUACUUGGGAACCACCUCGAGCCCUUGACAGAUCAACAAUUAGUGGGCAUAUGCAAUCUGCAGCAGUCUUCCCAACAGGCUGAAGAUGCCUUGUCUCAAGGAAUGGAAGCUUUGCAGCAAUCACUUGUAGACACAGUUUCAUCUACCUCUCUGGGUCCUGCUGGUUCUGGAAAAGUUGCUGAUUACAUGGGCCAAAUGGCAAUUGCAAUGGGCAAACUUGCAACACUAGAGAACUUCCUUCACCAGGCUGAUCUUUUAAGGCAGCAAACUCUGCAACAAAUGAAUCGAAUUUUGACCACACGUCAGGCUGCUCGAGCCCUUCUCGUUAUCAACGAUUACACUUCUCGACUCCGGGCACUCAGCUCUUUAUGGCUAGCACGCCCUAGAGAUUGAGAACUCCUCCCUUGCUUAUCGCUCGCCGGGAUUUCCAACAUAUGAAAGAUUAAGCCAUUUAACCUCCAGCAGUGCCCAGGAAAAUGUUAGAGAUCGGAAAGAACUGUUAUUGGAUAGCCCCAUUUUACUUCUAAUUUGCCAAUUGUCAAUGGUGAAGUUUGGCAUCGUAUAUCAUUGAAAGAAUUUUUAUACCGAGUAGCAUCUUGAGGAUGAUUGGGGAUAGUAAUCUCUACGCAUGUAAUCAAGGCUUGUACUCCUAGCUAUGAAUGGGACAAAAUUGCCACAUCUAUCUUGCAUGUUACAGUCUACUAACGGGCACCAACCUCUAGGCUGUUCUCAAAAUCUGCGGUUCUGUUAUGAAUUGGCAAGGCAUCGUUGUUAAAAACAUUUCCGACAACGUGCAUCUACAUGUUCUCGAAGUACAUUUUUCCCGUUAUACAAGUCUCUUUUUCGCGUUGUA